AUGGUUGACAGGUGGAGGCCAGAAACUCAUAGUUUCCACCUACCUUGUGGAGAGAUGACUGUUACACUCCAGGACACUCAGAAGAUCCUGGGUUUGAGUGUUAGAGGUCGUCCAGUUAUCGGACACUGCAGGCCCGAUGGUUGGAGGGCCAGAGUUGAGGCCUUCCUUGGAAGACCACUUCCUCCGGAGGCACCGACGCAGCGCACCACUGGGGUACCAAUUGCUUGGCUUAGGCAGAGCUUUGGUAAUUGUCCGGCACAUGCGGACCAGGAGACAGUUGCCUACUACUGUAGAGCUUGGAUCUUGCACCUAUUUGGGUGUGUUCUUUUCCCUGACGCGACAGGGGACACUGCAUCGUGGAUGUACCUCCCGUGCCUCACUGACUGGGACACCACAGGUACUUACAGCUGGGCUUCGGGAGUGCUGGCUUACCUAUACCGUAGCCUUUGUGAGGCGUGUCGUCGGACCGCAAGUAGUUCUUCCGUUGGUGGUUGUGUUUACCUACUGCAGCUUUGGAUGUGGGCUCGUCUUCCAGUUGGACGGCCCAUAGUUGACGCUCCUCGGGAAUGGUUUGCAGUGGGCAACCCUCGUCACCGUCCGACGUUUGCCCAUCUUUGGGACCAGGCGAAAGUCGCCUUCAGCAGGACUUCACGUGCGUACGUACAGUAUGCCAAUGAGCUCGACACGCUUAGGCCCUCCAUGGUUAAUUGGGAGCCGUACACGGCGAAUGAUGCGCUACAUCUUGGAGUAAGCAGCAUGUGUAGCGAGGAUGAAGACUUGUACUUGAUGAUCUGCCCUCUGAUUUGCUUCUAUGCUGUUGAGUGGCACCUUCCAAAUCGAGUAGCCCGCCAAUUUGGCUUGUGCCAGCAAUGGCCUGUCCCUCCAUUUGAUACUUCCGUGGAGCUGCACAAGAUUGAUCGUCAGAAGCAAAAGAAGACAGUUGAGUUUCAAACGUUGCAUCGUCAGUACAUAGAGGUGUGGGACCAGUUUCAUGACAACCUCUACGAAAAUGAGCAACCACAUACCAACUACAAUUUUCGUGCAUACCUUACUUGGUACCUAGGUGUUACACGAACAAGGUUGAAAAUUCAGUGGACCCAAGCAGAUUAUGCGUACCUUGAAUCAUCUGAGGAUGAGGACACUUCCUAUGACCUAGCAGCACGACAAGGGACACUUAUCGAGGCAGCACCUGUCUUGGACCGAGUGGGCAACGCAAUAAAGCAAUCUGUACUUGACAUCGAACGGUUUCCAAGAACAGGUGUGGACGAGCACACACUAAACAACUUUCUUGGAAGACUAGCACGUAGGCUUAGGCGUGCUGCAGCUCGGUGCGGUUGCGGUACUAGUGCUGCGAUGAAUGUGCAUGUGCCACAGGAACGACAAUGCAACACACCUGUUGUGCAUGGUACAUCUUCUUUGGGAGGAUCUGGAGGACAGAGCUCGUCUCGGCCAACUAUGGACACUUUUCAAAGCGAUGAUGAUGAGGACGAAGAGGGGGUGGCCGAGGAGCGUGACUAUGACGAGCUUGGGUUAUCUCAGCUUCCUGAUGCUCCUUCUACUCAGCCUAUGCAGUCAUCCUUGUCAAAAGAGAACUGUGGCUUCACCAGAUGGGUCGAUCCUAGACCUAUUCAUCCCCAUGCAGAGUACAUCUACUACCUGCAGGACCGUAUCUUUGAUUUAGAAACGGAAGUUAGCUGUGGUUACAAUGACGACGAAGAGGGCGACAACAGCAAUGGUACUGGCUCCCAAAACACAAUAUGCAAUGAUCCAUACUGCACAUGCCCUAAUCACAAGAACAAGGGCCCUCCUUCACCACCACCCCCACCACCACCACCAACAACGGGAGGAUACUAUGGAGAAGGGGCAACACAGUUUGCUAUGUGGCCACACUACUAG